AUGCAGGCUUCCCUGCUGUCCUGGAAGGACGCCGACAAGAAACAAUUGCAGAUACAGAUCCCGUGGAAGUCACUUCAACUUCUCGUUCCUCACAGAUUGCGGCGCAAGCUGAGAUCGAAGCUUCGCAAUCGGUCGUCGCCUGCCUCUUCGCUCGCCUCCCUUAAGACCUCGUUUUCGCCCGCAGACACUCUGCGGUCACUGCAAAAUCAUAGAUGGUCGAUUUAUGACGGACAAUGGCUAUUUCUGGCGAUUGUGGGCAUUUUCUCGCUGAGCAUCAUUGAGUACCCGGGCCCACUGGUCAAGACGGCGGUCGCUACACUCCUCCUCGCCUCUUUAAUAUUUCCUAUCACUCGACAAUUUUUUCGACCCUUCUUGCCAAUCGCCGCAUACCUCAUUUUCUUCUACGCAUGCAGAUUCAUACCUUCUGCCUGGCGGCCUCCGAUCUGGGUCAAAGUCCUCCCCGCGCUCGAAAACAUUCUCUACGGUGCCAAUCUCAGCAAUAUCCUGUCUGCUCACAAAAAUACGGCCCUGGAUCUGUUAGCGUGGUUCCCUUAUGGCCUGGGUCAUUUUGGAGGUCCCUUUGUGGUUGCCGCUAUCAUUUUCGUCUUUGGACCGCCGACGACUCUACCAGUCUUCGGCUUCAGCUUCGGUUACUUGAAUCUCGCCGGAGUCAUUAUUCAAGUCCUAUUUCCAUGCUCUGCCCCGUGGUACGAGAACAUGUACGGUUUAGCACCAGCCAACUAUUCCAUGCAGGGUUCGCCCGCCGGUCUGGCCCGUAUUGAUGCCUUGCUCGGGAUCGAUAUGUAUACGUCGGGAUUUACUGCUUCUCCAAUGGUAUUCGGAGCGUUUCCAUCACUUCAUGCAGCGACUGCCACCCUGGAGGCGCUGUUCAUGAGCCACAUCUUUCCUACGUACACCCCAUUGUGGGCGUUCUACGCGGCCUGGCUGUGGUGGUCAACUAUGUACCUCUCGCAUCAUUACGCCGUGGAUUUGGUGGCGGGAAGCUUGAUGUCGGGUGUCAUUUUUUACUUCGCAAAGGCCAAGUUUCUGCCGAGACUGCAACCCGACAAGCGGUACCGAUGGGACUACGAUUACGUGGAGAUCGGCGAACUCCAGAACGACUAUAGUUACGGCAUUGCUGGCCUCGACGGCAGCAGCCCCGACAGCGACGAAUGGACCAUCGGCUCCUCGUCCUCCAUCUCUUCCGGUUCGUUAAGCCCGACGGAUGAGGGCCCCAAGCUAUGGACCGAAGCAUAUUCGAAUUACGAAAGAUGA